AUGUCAAACGAGGACUUGAACGAAAAGAUAAAAGAACUUUAUGCUCUUGUGCAUAAACAAAGCGAGGUCAUCGCUCAAACAGGGAAGCAAUUGAUGGAGAUUCAAGUAAAGGACGUCAAGAGCAAAAUGGCCCAAAUGGACACUAAGCCACAAACUAUCGACACUGAGGAUUUCGUCACCAAUGAGGAUAUCGUUCAAUUGGUAGGGGAAUUACAAAGCCAGCUCGAUUUCUUAGAGGACAGAACUGUUAAGAGAGCUUUUAAUACCCACAUCGACGGCUCCAGUGCACCUACUUCUAGAAUUGCACCCUUAUGUAACAGGUUCGGAGAACCAGCACCAUCAGAGUUUCCCGAAACUGUCGAAGACUUACAGAAGAUCUCUCCUGAGAAUCUUUUGCACUUAGCAGAGUACUACGAGUUGAUUGUGGAGAACGAGCCCAAUCCGGAACUUGAGGAAAUCAUCAAUUCUGACACUUUCACCAAAGAAGACGCAGAAAAAUUGCUAGGACCGGCACAGCUGAACCAAACAACUGAGGAGAAGCUCAAGCUGUUUAGCAAGGACGAUCUUAAUGAGCUCUUUGAUGAGUUCACCAGAUAUAUUGGGGUGCGAAUCAGACGUGGUAGUGGAUGGUAA